GAUAUGUUUAUAUAUAAAUAAUUCCCAUUUUUACGCAACGUUUUCGUGGUAUUAAAGACUCUUAUUUAUAUUCCAGGUGCAACGGGCACUGAACGAAACGUCGAAAGCAACUGAGGACCGCGACCGACGUACAAUUUUAUUUAUUGUAUUUUAUUUAUUUAAUUGCCACGACACCCUAGAAUAAGUUCAGAUAACCAGGGGCCACCUCAAGCAGUGAGCCCAUCGGAAGAGUUUCACCAGUGGAGAAACCACUAGGUUUUUACUUCCAGCUGGUAUCGUCUUAGUGUCCUCACGAACCUACUAGGGGGGGAGUGAUCUGUAGCGUCACACACUUCCCCAAAAUCAAUAGCCUAGGGUUUGACGACUUCGACAUUGAUGCUGACCUUGAUAGUUUAACUGGACUCGCUAAGCUGAAGGCACCCGGUCAAGCAUCCUCGCCAUUUGGCACGCUGUCGUGUUACGUUGCAUUGCUCGUAUUCGACUCUCUAGCCAGUUAGUUGGAACGCAUCGGUAUUUUGGCAUAACCAUCCAAAUAUACUAUUCCAUCCGACUACGCUAUCGUGUUCUUCCUUGGUCUCGUAUUUGUGGGUAUAUAACAAGUUCGAAUAAUUAGUGAUUGGUCUUUGCGUCUGUCAAGUUCGCACCAGGACAAAUCCUAAAUUGGUGAGCCCGACGUGAUUACACAUCCCGAUUAAUAACAAGUAUUGAAUUGGUGAGCCUGUUCCAUUUUAUAUUUGUUUGUUGUUUUCACUUCGAUAACAUUUAUAUAUCCAUUUACUACACUUUCUCAUGUCCGACCACACUCCCAAGCUUAUUCGUAUUAAGCCGACUACGAACACGAUCCAACUCGUGCCAUAUUGGCCAGACAAUGCAGAAACAUGGUUUCUGUAUGCCGAGGCCGAUUUUCGAGAACAGGGUGUCUCAGAUCCUCAAUCUCGAUUUCUUGCUGUCAUACGUUCACUACCGCGAGAAUUAAACAGGUUUGUUACAGCAAACAUGUUUAAUCCUGAAGUAAGUGACCCUUAUGCACUUCUAAAGGCCGCACUCUUGAAGAAAAGCGAUCUCACAGAUCGCCAACGUCUAGACGAAUUGCUUCGUAACAUCGAGCUAGGCAGCCACUCAGCUACUGAAGUCCUCGCACGCAUGCGAGAAGUAAUCGGUGCACGAACAUUUGACGAUGGUUUCUUCCGAGAACUAUUUCUCUCGAAACUACCACAACCGGUGCAAACCGUGUUGGUGACACUGCAGUCAGUCCCACUCGACGACCUGGCAGCCUCAGCAGAUAAAAUACUGGAGAUAUCCAGCAGACCCGUCUCCAACGUAUAUUCUAUCUGCGACAAACCAGAGCGCCAGGAUUCGGAGGUGACCAAGUUGUGCAACUCUGUGAAACGGUUGCUACGAUCUCGAAGUCCUAGAUCACGUAGCACUUCACAGAAACGCACCUUGGCGCAUCGCAGCAAGUCGCGUGGUAGCCCUAAAACGAAACCCAACAGGGUGGAAAACCCUGAAUGGUGCUGGUUUCAUAACACUUACGGGGAUGAAGCCAGAAAAUGUCGUAAACCAUGCCGUUUUAAGAAGGACACAAACUCGGGAAACGGUCACGCCGGCACGUGCUCACGGCAACCGUAGCCGGCGGAAAAAGCCGUUUGCUCUACGUCACCGACAUUAAAACGAAAGUCCGCUACCUCGUCGACACCGGCGCAGAAGUUAGCGUUCUUCCAGCAACGACAAAGGAGCGUCAUCUUGACCCAUCCUUCAAUCUUCAAGCAGCCAACGGCAAGGCAAUCGCGACAUUCGGGAGACGGUAUGCCUACCUCAACUUAGGUUUACGCAAACCUAUCCACUGGAUCUUCCUCCUUGCUGACGUCUCUAUGCCCAUCAUUGGCAUAGAUUUGCUAAACCAUUACGAUCUACUCGUAGAUGCUCGCCGUCGACGACUGAUAGAUAACAGCACAAAGUUAUCUAUUGGCGGCACCACCUAUGUAGGUCCGAGUUUAGCCAUCGUUAGGACUAAACAAUCAGGCGACGCGUCCUACCAGGCAGUUCUGGAGAAAUAUCCAGAGUUACAGCAACCGAAGCACACUCUUCCGUGCAUAACCAGCAAUGUUAUGCAUCACGUCACAACCACAGGUCCACCUGUGGCAUCCAAAGCGCGCCGUUUAGCCCCCGAUAAGCUCAAAACGAACGAAAAAUGAAUUCGACCACAUGCUCGAACUGGGCAUUAUCAGACCGUCAAACAGUCCUUGGGCAUCGCCAUUGCACAUGGUUCCCAAAAAGGAUAGCAACGACUGGCGUCCAACCGGUGAUUACCGAAGGCUUAACGCCAAAACAACUCCGGACUGCUACCCUAUACCUCACGUUUACGACUUGACCGCAACCUUAUGCGGCAUGAACAUUUUCUCCAAAAUCGACUUGGUCAAAGCGUACAACCAGAUACCUAUGGCAGCAGAAGAUAUCGCGAAAACAGCCAUUAUUACUCCUUUUGGCCUGUUUGAAUUCCUGCGCAUGCCAUUUGGUCUUCGGAAUGCAGCACAAACAUUCCAACGCUUUAUGGACGACGUCUUCCGUGGUCUGAAUUUUGUUCAUGUCUACAUCGAUGACUGUCUAAUUGCGAGUCCAGAUAAGGAAACUCACCUUAAACAUUUGGACCUCGCAUUCGAAAGACUCAAAAAACAUGGCAUCACAGUUAACUUACAGAAGUGUGAAAUAGGAGUUGAAUCACUCAGCUUCCUUGGGCAUACCAUUGACAACAAAGGUAUACGCCCAUUGAGAGAUAAAGUGGCGGCUAUCACAAACUAUCCAGAGCCGACCACUGUGAAACAUCUCCGCACUUUCAAUGGCCUGGUAAGUUAUUACCGAAGGUUUAUCCCUAACUGUGCCUCUGUCAUGAGACCACUCACAGAUCUACUUCGAGGAACUGCGAAGUUCGUGUCUCUGGACAACGCGGCUAGACUUGCUUUCUCUAAAGUCAAGGAAGCCAUUUCGAACGCAACCAUGCUUAUGCAUCAUGACCCCAAUGCUCCUCUGAGUAUUGCUGUUGAUGCAUCUGAUUCAGCAAUUGGAGCAGUUUUGCAACAGUUGACUGACAACCAGUGGCAACCGUUAGCCUUUUUCUCGAGGCGGCUGCAAGACGCGGAAACAAGAUACAGUACAUUUGGUAGGGAACUCCUAGCCAUGUACUGUUCUGUACGCCAUUUUCGACAUUCUGUGGAAGGUCGUGAUUUCAUUAUUUUCACAGACCACAAACCGUUAACCUUUUCCCUCAGCUCGGCGUCUGACAAAUACUCCCCUCGUGAGUCGCGACAGCUGGAUUACAUUUCCCAGUUCACGUCAGACAUCCGCCACAUUUCUGGAGCAAACAACUCCGCAGCCGACGCACUAUCUCGAAUAGCUUCGAUAAACCAUAUCGAGGGCGUUGAUCUCGUUGAACUAGCUCGGCGUCAAAAGGAAGACCUUGAGCUGCAUCAUGAGUUGUCGUCCACAACUCUCAAACUACAACUUUGUCCAGUAGGAUCAGACAAGGAUACAAUUUUGUGCGAUGUCUCUGCUAGUCAACCACGCCCAAUAGUUCCGAAGAGUUGUCGACGCAACGUCUUCAAUACGUUGCACAAACUCUCUCAUCCAGGUGUACGAGCCACCAUUAGGCUUAUCGCACAACGUUUCUGCUGGCCUGGGAUGAACAAAGACGUUAAGGAGUGGGCCCAGUCGUGCUUAGCUUGUCAAAAGUGUAAAGUCACGCGACACACGAAAAGCCCUUUAGGCUCAUUUCUAGCCCCAGACAUGCGUUUCGACCACGUCCAUAUAGAUAUUGUAGGACCCCUACCAGAAUCUAAUGGAUGUACCUACCUUUUCACCUGUGUUGAUCGUUUCACACGAUGGCCGGAAGCAGUACCUAUUAAGGAUAUUACUGCUGAAACAGUAGCCCGUGUUUUCGUCGAAAGAUGGAUCGCGAACUUCGGAUGUCCAUCUUAUGUCACAACCGACCAUGGGCGCCAAUUUGAGUGUGGAUUAUUUCACGCUCUAACGGCACUUUUAGGUUGCACUCGGUUCCGAACGACAGCCUAGCAUCCACAAGCAAAUGGCAUGGUAGAGCGUUUCCACUGACAGCUGAAAGCUUCCCUUUCAGCUGCAAACAUCCCUCAGUGGACUGAGGCUUUGCCUCUAGUCCUACUAGGUAUUCGUAACGCCUUGAAAGUUGAUGCUGGAUGUACCCCUACAGAACUCGUCUAUGGGACCACUGUUCGCCCAUCAGGUGAGUUUGUUUCCCCUUCAACUUUCAAACAUGUUUCCGACAGGGCAUCAUAUGUGACUAGGCUUAAAAACGCAAUGCGUUCAGUUAGGCCUUCUCCGGUUAGACCGCAAACGACUGAUGUUUCGUUCAUCCCAGUUUACAGAAGACAUCACACGUGUUUGUUCGCCACGACGCCGUUCAUCGACCACUUGAACCACCCUACGAUGGGCCGUUCAAAGUGAUUAAGCGACACGAGAAAUUCUAUAUAACUGAGCGAGACGGACGUGACGAUACUGUCAGUAUCGACCGUUUGAAACCAGCUUAUUUCGAAGGUAACCCCAUUAUAAGUGAUGUUUCAGAUCGCUACAUCUGACCGACGGAUGACUCAAUC